UGUAAACAAGAGAGAAGAAUUCAAUUCAUAAAAUCAAAAGAAAAAUAUAAAGAAUGUAGCGAGUCCAUGUAUUCUUAAAAUGCAGUGCAAUUUGGAGGGAAAACUGGCCGCCCCGAGUACGUCGGCACUCUUCCAACAACCCUCAUAUAAAAUCAGUCUCGAUUCUCACUUUCCUCAUCAUACGCUCUCCGUCAAGAAGAAGAACCAGCAAGAAAUCUGCGAAAGGAAAUCUUUGAAAACUGGCAUUAACAAAUAUUCUUCAGGUUUAUAUGUUGCAGAGUGCAACGAAGUACUGACGAUGGCGGGUAACAAGUUAAGAUGCCGCAUUAUAGAUGAUGGAUUACUCUUCUAUCACGAUGGAGAUAAGCAAAUUGCUAGUCAAGAAAUAUAUUGGGUUUGGAUGCGAGAUCGACCAAAGGAUUUAAAUGGCCAUAUUAUAGUCAGCUACGGGAAAACUGGGGAAAACGUGAAAUCCGCCCAACACAUUCGAAGCAAUUGCUUGGUGGAAGGAUCGGAUCUUACCGAUCCUUCAGAUGCUUGUGGGAUUUCGCAUUUUUUGCGGGAGGGUGAAAUGGACUUUCUGACUACAGAUGCCGAAGGACUUCAAAUCUGGGCAACAUCAGAAGCUUCCGCAUCCAUUGUUAAGAAUGGACUUCGAUCGCUCCUAGAUGCAGUCUGUGUGAAAUGUCCAGCUCCAAAUUUUAGACAGUUGCUGCCCCAUAUGGAGAUUAUCCACACGACCCUCAUGAAGAACAAAAACCUUUGCCCUAUUGUUCCAGAAUUGUCGACCAUCUACCUUAAAUCCCCCUUUUCCAGAUUCACUGUUGCAACCAUCGAUAAUUUCCAGCAACUUCAUAGAGGACCAAACGGGACCGUAUAUUUGGCAGUUCCUGGAAUCAUCCCCGACUACACAACACCAUGGAACAUCGACAGAGAUACUCUAUCCCAAAAAUGCAAGUCUGAAUGGUUAGCGAUGGAUGAAUCUUCCCGAAAUCAAGAGACAGAAAAACCAAGCGACAUCAGACCUACAAAAGACGUCCUUGAAACCAGAGUCUGGAUAAGGGAAAACUUAGAGAUUGGUGGUAUCCAGCCUUUGGGAAAUGCAUUAACCAAAGACGCCGUGUACAACAGUUGCCCUUAUAAAGACAACAUUAAGAAAUCCAUCUUCGGUAAAAUCAUAUCCAAUGUUUUCCCGAAUCUUCAAGAUCAUCAGGGGGGUGGUCGAAACAAUACACCAGGCGUAUACACCAACCUGAUCAAACGACGAUAGGAGUAAACCUUACCAAAAAUCUACCCCAACGGCCCUUUUAAGGGCCACCAUAUAUUCCGAAGCAAGCAAAGCAUAAAAUAAUUACGAAUUUUAGCAGAGGCAUCAGCAUGGACUGGUGGUGAUGAUUUUGAUGAUGAUGAUUAUGCUGUUGGUUGCCGUUCGAGAGUCCGAGACCACCGGAGGAUGAGGAGGUAACAUGAUGCGGCGGAGGGUGAUGGGCAGUAUGAUGGCCA